GAAUUACGAAUAUCGAUUGAUGAAUGUAAUUUUCUUGUUACAUAUGUCUUCUAAAUAUUAAUAAAAUGGAAAAUAUCAAAGGAGCUUGAGUUCAAGUUUAAAUAAAUACUCAGUUAUAAUAAAUACGUUCGAUAAUUAAAUGUACCCUGAAAUUAAUGUGAUGUUAACUGUGUGUGAUGGCGGAUAAAGAGUUAGUAAGCCAUCAGCAGCAGUUUGUAGAAGAAAUUAAUUAUGAUGAAAUUGAAACCGAGCAGGUAGUGGGAAAAGGUUCUUUUGGAGUAGUAUGGAAAGGAAAAUGGAAAGGUCAAUAUGUUGCUAUAAAAUAUAUAAAUUCUGAAGGUGAAAAAAAAGCCUUUACUAUAGAAGUUAGGCAAUUAUCUAGAGUUAUACAUCCUAAUAUUGUAAAACUUUAUGGUGCAUGUACAAAAAAUCCAGUUUGUCUAGUUAUGGAAUAUGCAGAAGGCGGCUCUUUAUAUAAUGUUUUACAUUGUAAUCCUCAACCACAAUAUACUGCAGGUCAUGCAAUGAGUUGGGCUUUGCAAUGUGCACGUGGUGUUGCAUAUCUUCACAAUAUGAAACCAAAACCUUUAAUUCAUAGAGAUUUAAAACCACCAAAUCUGUUGUUGGUAAUGGGUGGACAAACUCUUAAAAUUUGUGAUUUUGGUACUGCUUGUGAUUUAAAUACUUAUAUGACUAAUAACAAAGGUUCUGCUGCUUGGAUGGCUCCAGAAGUAUUUGAGGGUUCCAGAUACACAGAAAAGUGUGAUGUAUUUAGUUGGGGUGUUAUUUUGUGGGAAAUAUUAUCAAGGAAGAAACCAUUUGAUGAAAUUGGUGGUUCAGCUUAUAGAAUAAUGUGGGCAGUACAUAUAGGACAAAGACCUCCUUUAAUUGAAGGUUGUCCAAAACCUCUUGAGGAUCUUAUGACUAGAUGUUGGCAUAAAUCUCCUGAAGAAAGACCAUCAAUGGACGAAGUUGUAGAAAUAAUGACGAUUUUAUCGCAAUUUUUUAAUGAACAUUUGGAACCUGUGGAAUAUUCCCGAAGUUCGUAUAAAUAUAUUGAAUCAGAGAAAAUUAAUGAAAAUCAUAUUUCUAAAGAUGAUACUUUAGAUGUAACUGAUAGUAUGAAUUCUGAAAUAAAUGGAUAUGCUGCAAAUGGUACUAUUAAAAUUAAUGUACCUGUUUCCAAAGAAAAUUCAGAAAUUUUAAAUGGAAGAAACAAUUCAUCGAAUUCCUUCUACGAUUUCAAGAAUUCAUCUUCUAAAAAUAAUAUUUCAUCAAAUAUUGUAUCCAACAAAAAAUUUCAAAUCAAAGAUUUUCCACAACUUUAUGUUGAAUGCGAUCCGAAUGCUUGGGAAUUGCCAAAUUCGGACCCUUCAUUGGAAUCUUCUAUUCUGAAAAUAAAGAAUACUACUCAAAGUAAUAGUACUACUGAUAAAGAUUUAGAUAAUGUUUACCGACUUUUGGAUGCGGAUUUGAGACCAUUGACACCUGAUCAAACUUGCGAAAGAUCAAAAGAAAUUUUUGAGGAACACAAACAACUUGCGCAAGAAUAUUUGAAAGUUCAAACGGAAAUAGCGCUCUUGGGUCAACAUAAAAAUGAAAUGCUUAAAAAUUUGACGAUAGAUAGUUUAAGACAGCAAGAAGAACUUAGAAAACUAGAAGAUGAAAAAGAAUCUCUAAUAAAGCUAUAUCGAAAUUUGAAACGACAGUUAGAAAUCAUGAAAAAUCAGAGAAUGAACAAUGUUCUUUUAAGCAAUGCUCAAAUGGAUCCGACAGUUUCUGGAAACAAUGGAUGGUUUGUGGUACCUUGUCAAAAUCCUUCAAGACAUUCUUGAAUAUUUAAAUUAGUUUUCUCCUGCAAGUUUUCUCCUCAUCAAAUCACAAUUUUGUCAUAAUUUUCUUUUUUUUUAUAGCAGAUGAAAUAUAGCAUUUUUGUAAAUAUAAAAAACAUGAGAAUUCUUUAACUAGGCUUUAUUUCAUGAAAAUCUAAAAAUUAAUUGAGUGAUGCAAUUUCUUAAGUAUAAUUGUACAUAAAAGCAUUAUUUUUUUGCAUUUCGAAAACGUUUAUUAAGAUUUCUAUAUUUCUAUAUAAUAAAUAAUGCUAUAUUAUAUAUAAUAUAAUAAGUAAUAUUUUUUCAAAUAAAUAUUACAAAGAAUUUGAUAAAAUUAAGUUUGAUAAAAUAAGUUUUACAUAUAUUUUAUUUUCAUUGUUCAUAUAAAAAUAUAGAUUUUAAAAAAAAUUUUUAAAAUUUGAUAAAUUUUAGAAAAAAUUGUGAUUUAUUUUAGUCUGCUAUAUGUAAUUAUUUCAACAUUAUAACAAAAUGAAUCUGAUUUAACAACAGUUGUAUAAAAAUAUCAAAAAUUAUAUUAAAGAAUAUUUUUAUUUUUAUAUGAUUGAUGAUUAUAGAAUCAAUAAUUAGUUAAUCGCACUGCCUGCGAUUUUGUUAUUAUUAUAUUUAUUUAUGUAAAAAUUAACAUCAAUAUGAUUAAAAAUAUAUCUUUGUCAUUUAAUUUAUAUUUGUAUACAAAAUAUCAAUCAUAUUUUUAGAGGAUUGAUUCUAGAAAAAACAAACGUAAUAAAUUGGUAUAUAAAAAUGUCAGUUUAUUUAUUAAAUUAUAAAUAGUUGAUGUUUAUGUUAAAUGAAACAUUAGAAAAUAAAAUGAAAUAAUUUUAUUUCCAUUAAAUCACCAUCUCAUUCUGUUUUGCUUUAUUUAAUGUAAAUUGCUUAUAAUUUAAUAAAUUUUAACUGACAAUUUUUUAUAAUAAUA